CAAGCCGGGCAGCAACACAUUCACUACCUAGUUAGUCGUGCAAGCUUUGAAAGAGGCGAAAGUCAAUUGAUCUUGCACUCAACCACAACAGCAACAUGACGACCAAGCACGAAUUCUUUGUGGACAUGACAUGUGAGGGAUGCUCUGGGGCAGUCACCCGAGUCCUCAAUAAACUGGGUGGUGUCCAAUUUGAGAUCGACCUCCCCAACAAGAAGGUUUUCAUUGAGUCUGACAAGGACACGGACGUGCUUCUGGAAACACUUAAGAAGACUGGAAAGGCAGCUAACUACGUCGGCCCCAAGUGACAAAUCAUCCUCUUUUCUUUAUAGAACAGCUGUUGGUUGGUGCUGAUAUGAAGGAUGAUCAUGAGAAGAAAGAACCCUUGCUGGCAUGUCUUCAUGGACCACUGGAAUGAGCUUGCACUGCCAAGCUGUCCACUUUCAGUAAUUUAAGCACUAUUAUUGAUGUGUCCCAAAUGGCACUAUAAAGGCCCAGGUCCAAAGUAGGGCACUAUAUACGGAAUAGAGUGCCCUUUUGGGAUGCACACACUAUGAAUAUCCAGUGUGAUUAAUGCGCAGAAUUAAAUAUAUCAUCUAUCUUUAUAGGUUAACUUUACUGCAGGGAAAUGAAAUCAUAUAAGAUCGCUGUCUCUGCUUUGUAUUAAUGAAAGCACCUAUUGUAAUUCACGUUUAUUUGGGGGGGGGCACGGCAACCAUCCUGUAUUACGUUUUCCUUUCACUGUCUGCAUAUUGUUCAUGUUUACGCACAUGUCAAAUAAAAAAGGUGAUUCUAGGCA